CUCCCGCGUCAUGCGGCCGGGCGGUGUAAACAGGAAGCGGCCGCCCGGCCGGCCGGGGGCGUCGGGGACCGUUGGGGACCGUUGGUGCGGCCGCCAUGAGCCGCGAGCAGCCGCCGGGGGGGGAGGAGGAGGACGGGGCGACGGGGGCAGAAGAUGGCGGCGGCGGCGGCGAGAGCCGGGGCGGUGGCGGCGGCUGCUACCUGGCGCUGUGCGGCCGGCCCGUGCACUUCGAGAAGGCCAACCCCGUCAACUGCGUCUUCUUCGACGAGGCCAACAAGCAGGUUUUUGCUGUUCGAUCUGGUGGAGCUACAGGAGUUGUUGUUAAAGGCUUGGAGGACAGAAAUCCCAUUUCAUUCAGAAUGGAAGACAAGGGUGAAGUAAAAUGCAUUAAGUUUUCCUUGGGAAACAAGAUACUGGCUGUGCAGAGAACAUCAAAAAGCGUGGAUUUCUUGAAUUUUAUUCCAGACAGCCCUCAGCUAGAAUAUACACAGGAAUGUAAGACCAAGAAUGCCAAUAUUCUAGGAUUCUGCUGGACAAGUUCAACAGAAAUCGUCUUCAUCACAGAUCAAGGAAUUGAAUUCUAUCAGGUACUACCAGAGAAAAGAAGUUUAAAACUUCUGAAGAAUCAGAGUAUCAAUGUCAACUGGUACAUGUACUGUCCAGAGAGCUCUGUUAUUCUUCUGUCAACCACUGUCCUUGGCAAUGUCCUGCAGCCAUUCUAUUUCAAGAGUGGAACAAUGUCAAAACUAUCAAAAUUUGAAAUUGAGUUACCUGCAGCACCCAAGUCCUCCAAGCUCAGCCUUUCUGAAAGAGAUAUUGCCAUGGCUACAAUAUACGGGCAGCUUUAUGUUCUCUAUUUGCGGCAUCACUCAAGGACUUCCAAUAGUACAGGAGCAGAAGUAGUCCUCUAUCACUUGCCAAGAGAGGGCUCCUGUAAGAAGAUGCACAUUUUAAAGCUCAACAGAACUGGAAAGUUUGCACUAAAUGUCGUGGAUAACUUGGUGGUAGUACAUCAUCAGGAUACCGAGACUUCAGUCAUAUUUGACAUCAAGCUAAAAGGAGAAUUUGAUGGGUCUACUACCAUCCAUCAAUUUGUACUUCCACCUCGCUCAAUACAACCCUACCAAAUACCUGUAGCAGCACAGGAGCUGCCAGACUGCUAUUGUUCUUCAGCUGAUGUUAAUUUUUCUGCAGGUCCAGCCUCUGUAACAAGUCAGUCUCCUGUUCCGUGUAAACUCUAUUCAUCUUCAUGGAUUGUCUUUCAACCUGAUAUUAUCAUCAGUGCAAGUGAAGGUUACCUCUGGAAUCUUCAAGUGAAGCUUGAGCCUGUAGUUAACCUCUUGCUUGAUAAAGGAAGACUAAUGGAUUUCCUUCUCCAAAGAAAAGAAUGCAAAAUGGUUAUCCUGGCUGUAUGCUCUCAAAUGCUCAGUGAGCCGGAAAGGGGAUCGCUACCCGUGAUUGCAACUGUUUUUGACAAACUGAAUCACGAAUAUAAGAAGUACUUGGAAGCUGAGCAAAGCUAUACUAUGGUUGUAGAAGCAGGCCAGAGUAGAAGUAAUCCACUUCUGAAACGUCCAGUCCGCACUCAAGCAGUUAUUGACCAGUCUGACAUGUACACCCAUGUGCUCUCUGUAUUUACAGAGAAGAAGGAAGCACCUCACAAGUUCACAAUAGCAGUCCUGAUGGAAUAUAUUCGCUCUCUCAACCAGUUCCAGAUUGCAGUUCAGCACUAUUUGUACGAGCUGGUCAUCAAAACCCUUGUCCAACACAACUUGUUCUACAUGCUCCAUCAGUUUCUUCAGUACCACGUGCUCAGUGACUCCAAGCCUUUGGCUUGUCUGUUACUGUCCCUGGAAAGCAUUUACCCUCCUGCACAUCAGCUCUCUCUGGACAUGUUAAAAAGGCUUUCCACGGCAAAUGAUGAAAUAGUGGAAGUUCUGUUGUCCAAACACCAAGUUUUGGCUGCCUUGAGAUUCAUCAGGGGCAUUGGAGGACAUGACAGUAUUUCAGCCCGCAAAUUCCUUGACGCAGCAAAACAAGCAGAUGAUGACAUGCUUUUCUACACUAUCUUCAGAUUCUUUGAACAAAGGAAUCAGCGAUUACGAGGAAACCCUAGCUUCACACCAGGCGAACAUGCACUGAGUUCUAUCUUCUGAUACAGACUCAGCUGGAGUCUAGUUUGGGAGUAUGCUUACAGGUGAGCACUGUGAAGAACAUGUCACCUUCUUCAAACAAGUAUUUGGAGAACAAGCUCUCAUGAAGCCCACAACUUUCUGAAAAUACUCUUCCCACUGGAAUGUAUAAACUUAAUUUAUUGCAUUUAAGUAGAUUUUUGAACUACAAAAUUGCUAUUUUAUAAUAAAGUAUGUACAAGACA